AUGACAUCCUACAGAGCAUCAAAUGCAUCCCCAUUGGUCACUCUUCCAGACCGGAUCGCCUUGUUUGGCCAUGGAACUCAAGUGGCUCGUAUACUGUCAAGUCGGGUACCACGUUUUCAUGCUAGACAAAAUACCGACAUUGCAAGCCAUAAUCACUCCUCACACUUUGUCUCGGAAAGAGUUUGGAAGACCAUAUGGAAGGUGGAGACUCUCCCAAAAAUAAAACUGUUUCUUUGGAGAGCUCUAUCUGGAUCCAUCUCAACCAGACUUGCUCUUUUUAAAAGAAAAAUUGCAACGGAUCCUAUCUGCCCAAUAUGCGAAGGUUUUGAAGAAUCGGUGGAGCACAUUCUUUUUCUUUGCCCGUGGACUCAACUUGUGUGGUUUGGCUCAGACCUCUCCUACAAAGUUGACACCCGGAGGAUCUCGACUUUUGAUAGAUGGAUUGAAGGCAUUAUUUCGAUACCUGGCACCUCAAGAACUGAUGGCAAUUUUUUAUUAUCUUUUCUCAGUUUCCUGGGUUGGGAAAUCUGGAAGGCAAGGUGCAAAUUCGUUUUUAAUGGGGUUAGCCCUGAUCCGAGGCUUGUGAUCACCCAUGCUAGAGAUGCUUGCUCUGAAUAUAUCUCCAAGGUUGAUGCUAGAGGGAACCUUUCUCCUGUCCAUCAAGUCCAAGGAACCCGGUGGUCUAAUCCAAGCCCAAGCUAUGUAAAAUUCAACUUGGACGGCUCUUGGCUUCCUGGCACAAUGAAGGGCAGCAUUGGCAUUGUGUCUCGUAAUUCCUCUGGGGAUGGUGUGGUGGUCUUGCCUCCCCACUUUCAUGUGUUUCAUCUCUUAGUGCAGAAGCGGCAGCAGCUCUUUGUGCUUUACAUCUUGCUAAAAACAGGGGUUAAUAUGAAAGUCAUCUUGGAGACAGAUUGCAAGGUGUUAUUAGAUGGCAUCUCUGGAAAUCAUGAUAACAACUCCUGGGCUAUCCUCCCUCUUAUUGACGAAAUCCAUGAUGUGGUUUCGAGCUUCGAAGAGGUGAUUUGGUCAUGGGUACCUAGGAGUGCAAAUCGUGCGGCUCAUGCAGCGGCGUCGAUAGGUAUCAGAGCUAUGGAACUGCAAAGUUGGGUCGACAGACCACCAUUGUCUCUCGUUGGGGUGUUAACAUCUGAUGGUUUGCCUUGUCCACCUCUUGUUGCAUCUGCAAUUUAG